AACUUUCUUUAUGUUUAUUCAGAUUGGUUCAUCAUAGACUUCUUCUUAUUAUGCUUUAGAUUUUCAUAAUGUUGAGCACUCAUAAAGAGAAAUUGAGAACCAAUCGCCACACACUCUGCAAGGAAUUAGUUGUUGAUGAAUUGCUGCAAGAAUUAAUUGGAGAGGGAAUAUUUAAUGACAUUCUUGCUGAUAGAGUUCUUUCGCAUCAAAGGGUUUUAAAAAAAAAUGUUGAGUUUUUAACCCUGCUGCCAGGACGUGGUCCUAAUGCUUUUAAUGCUUUUCGUAUUGCACUGAUAAACAGUGACCAAUCUCAUUUGGCUGAAUUGUUGGAUCCUGCACAGGGUGUGUCACAACCAAAUGAAAGCAACGCAAAUGACGGUUCGGGAGGACCUGAACUCUCAGCUUCUAUUUUCCGCUUUGAAAGCAUUGCAACAGCGAACUCAAAUCUUCCUGGUACCAGUGGAACAUCAGCACCACUAUCCCGCCGAAGGCCAAUGGAGAACACUGAUCAAAGUUCUAUCUAUCUAUCCCUGCAUCUUCUCAGGUCAUCUAUGCAAAUCAGGAAACACCACCUAAAAGAAAUCGUGAAUCCUCAUCUUAUAUAGAGCAAAUGGAUGAUGCACCAUCUCCUACAGAUUCACUAAGCAACAUCCGUUCCACUGCUUCAGUACACUCAUUGUUUUCAAGGUCCGAUGUCCGCACACAAUCUAACACUGCCAUCAAUCAUAUCAACACUGUGCAAAGCCCAACAUCCACCAAAGCUGCUACAUCGUACCAAAUAAAUUUGCACCAGGGCAUGGACCUUUUUGACGGACCAACAGUAUCAGAUUUAACAGUUCGCAAAUCCACACACCAGCAUCUUAUGCAACACACGGACUGUUACCAAAUGACAAUGAGAGGCAGACCAAAGGGAGCAGCCUUGAUUAUUUCUGUUGAGAAAUUUCACCCGGAAAGUGACUUGUUAAACAGAGAGGGAAGUGAAAAAGACCGUGUCAGAUUGGAACUUGUUUUGCAACAGAUUGGUUUUCAAUGUUAUGUCUUAAUCAAUGGAACUGCUGAACAAAUAGUUUCAACCUUACAGACAUUUGCCGAGCUGGAAGAGCACUAUUACAAUAGUUGCUCACUAGUGGCAGCAAUGAGUCAUGGAGAUGCAGGUUGUUUCUAUGGUAGUGACGGAGUAUCUGUUGCCAUUGACACUGUGGUGAACUUUUUCUCAAACCAAAAUUGCCACUCACUUCAGAAGAAACCAAAGAUCUUUCUCUUUCAAGCUUGCCAAGGCGAUGAAUAUGAUAUGGGAGUGGAUGAAGUGGAUGGUCCUGUACAGGCCCCAGUAGGUGAUGUUGACAACACAUCUACUUCUUCAUCCAAUGACCAUAUUAGGAACAAGCUGCCUCAAAAGUCCGACAUGCUGAUUGGUCAAGCUACCAUGAAAGGCUUUGCUGCCAUGAGGAACACUAAACACGGGAGUUGGUAUAUUCAAGCCUUUGUCAGGGUGUUGGCAAGACAUGCAUGCGACACAGAUUUGCUUGACAUGAUGACCAAAGUCAACAACAUACUUAAACACAAGGAGGGUUGGUGUCCUGGUUCUGUUUAUCAUAGGUGCAAAGUGAUGCCUGAAUUCAAGUCCAGCCUAUCCAAAAAGCUUUACUUCUUUCCUGGGAUAUAAUCUGAGUAGCCUUCAACAUUUUUGUAUUUUUAUAUGAAGCUUACGUUUUUAAACCCAUAAAACUCCCCUCUGUAUUUAUAUAUAAGUCUCAAACUUUUUACCAGAUUUUAAGUCUACUGAAACUGGACUCAGCAUUUUAUACAAAAAAAAACCUGUUUUUAUAUUUUGGUUGAAACUUCUUAUUUCAUAUGCAACUGAUAUUGCUGAAACAAAAUUUCCUACUGGUAUGGUGUCUCUUCAAACAAUCUACAAACCACAGCUGUACAUAUUUACACAUCUUGCCCGCUAAACUCAACAAUCAUCAUUUUUGCUGCCCAUUCCAAAUUUGAACACUGCCAGAAACGUUCUCAAAACUGAAAUGUUACUUGAAUGAACUGAAAUGUAAAACUUGUGGACAUUGUGAACCAUAUCCUGUUAUUUUAAAUGCGUAGUUCAAUAAAAUGUGAAAAAGUAUUUGCAA